CCGACCCAUAAACCGGACUAAACCAUAAUAUUUUCGGGAUGCAAUGGAGACUCGUGGAGCGUGGAUUGCUGCCAUUUUCGAUGAAAAUCCGGAUCGUUUUCAAGUUGUUGCUCAGCCCAAUUCACGAACAUACGAUGAGUGACUUCAGUUGGCGUCAAUUUGAUCUUGGAAGAAUAUAGGCCAAGAUUUUUCGCAAAAUUCGCCACAACGACGUCACAAAGAUGCCCAACGCUUGAGAACGAUGUGUGAGAGACUGAUUUGGGUCUUCCUCAAUUGGUGCAUUGGGCGUUUGCGGAAGAAAAUUAAGAGCUUCUCUGCUUGGGAAAGCUCUAACAAGCUAAAAUAAAACGUAAGGAAAAAUUUAUAAAGGGCUAGGCAUCCUGUAAAAAUCUUAGCCGAUGGACUAAUAAUUGUGAUAUAACUAACUGAUCGAAGCAGAAAACUUGAUAAAGGAACUUUUGUAUGAAUAAAUGAGAGUAGGAUUGGAGCAGCCUCUAGGAUCACAGUUUCAAAAUGACUGUAAACCAAUUUUAUCACUUUUCAAUGCGCUCCCGUAGGUUUAGCGGCAUGAUAAAUCAACAACGGUACCAUCGAAAAAAAAAUCGGCCUCCGUUGAAAUCAUUCUUGUGACGCACACUUCAAAUUAUUAUCGCGGGUUUGUAAAUUAUUUAACGAUUUGAGCAUCUGGGGUCAUAAUUUCUAGCACUUAUCUGCUUAAAACGUCCAGGGGGUAUGCGAUAAUGCUUAUGACUAUAUAAGACCGCUUCGAUCAGUUACGUUGUUUAUAAAAUGCUGAAAUUAGUGACAAAGAGUUGUUUAGUAACUGCGCUGCUGCUUGCACUUGAUUGUGCGUAUGCUGCUGACAGGGCCAUUUCAGACUGUGGUGAACGCAUCAUAGCUGAUGGUUACCCAAUGGAGCGACAUACAGUAACCACCAGCGAUGGUUACAUACUCACCAUGCAUCGCAUACCUUACUCUCCGAAGGCGGGAACGGCUGAUAGACGGCCAAUAGCAUUUCUCAUGCACGGCAUGUUGAGUUCCUCCUCUGACUGGGUGCUAAUGGGUCCGAAUAAAGCGCUCGCCUACAUACUCGCCGAUGCCGGUUACGAUGUAUGGAUGGGUAAUGCACGUGGUAAUACUUACUCUAAAAAGCAUCGCACUUGGCCCACAUAUUGGCAAGUUUUCUGGAAUUUCAGUUGGCAUGAAAUUGGAAUUUACGAUUUGCCUGCUAUGAUCGAUUACGCGCUAGGUUACACCGGGAACACACAGUUGCAGUAUAUUGGCCACUCGCAAGGCACCACAGUUUACUUGGUACUGAUGUCGGAGAAGCCAAGCUAUAAUAAUAAAAUUAAGUCGGCACAUUUGUUGGGGCCUGCCGCCUAUAUGGGUAAUAUGAAGAGUCCAUUGACGCGUGCCUUUGCGCCCAUUUUGGGUCAGCCAAAUGCUAUGGUCGAACUAGUGGGUUCGAUGGAGUUCAUGCCAAGCAAUAAGUUCAAGCAAGACUUGGGCAUUGAGAUGUGUCAAACGACAUCGCCGUUUGUCGAAAUGUGCGCUAAUGAGAUAUUUCUAAUUGGUGGUUAUGACUCCGAACAGUUGGAACAUGAGCUGUUGGAGCACAUCAAGGCCACAUCGCCGGCAGGUGCUUCAGUUAACCAGAAUCUGCACUUCUGUCAGGAGUACAAUUCGAAAAAGUUCCGCAAAUUCGAUUACAGCGUCCUUCGUAACCCGUUAGAGUAUGGAGGUAGUAUGUACCCACCCAACUACAAGGUAACAAAAACCUUUAAAAAUAGUAUAAAAUGCUUUCUUCUUUGCAUAUUAUUAAUUACUCCACUGUCCAGCUAA